GGCCAGGUUGAGGUUGCCUGCUUGCUGAAGCGUUUGUUCAUCCAUCCUGCAAUUAGGAUAUACGUUGAUUGAAGCUAAGAAACGUCCAGAUUACACAUGACUCAGAGAACGUUGGUCGACCACUCGACGUCCGUCUUCCAGCCAUAUUGUAUGCAAAACAGAUUGUGAAGUUCUGUCCCGACCUCCCUACACGACCGCCAUGCCUCUGGAGGAGAAGGACUGUGCUGCCACCUACAAAAUAUUGAUCCUGGGAGAGAACUCUGUGGGGAAGACCGCCAUCUUAAACAGCUUGGUGGGCAGAGACUUUAAGUCAUCCGUGUUACCAACCUCAGGUGUCGACUUUGUUAAAAAGAUCUUCGAGGUCGAUGGAGCGCUUGUGCAGCUUGUCAUAUGGGACACGGCAGGGCAGGAGAGGUUCAGAUCAAUCACCCGCCUCCAGUACAAAGGAACACAGGGUAUCAUACUUGUUUACGACAUCACUAACCCAGAUUCUUUCUCCCGUUUGACUUACUGGAUGGACAGUAUACAAAAAGAGAUAAAGCACAAACACAGUGCUUACGAACCCAUCCCAAUCGUUUUGUGUGGAAACAAAUCGGACAUGGAAGAUCAAAGGAAGGUGGAGACUUAUAAAGGAGAAAAGUUUGCCAAUCAACAAAUGGCAUUUGAAUUCUUCGAAACCAGCGCCAAAUGCGGUCUCAACAUCUUCCAGGCGUUUCAAAGACUUGCGUAUCACGUGACGGACAUUUGCAAUCCACGGCUGAUGAAAUCGUAUCAUCCCUUUAUGAUCCGACAAAGAUCAAACAAAGGUCCGUUAUCUCGUCGUUCAGCAAAUUACAAGAGGAAAACGAAGAAUGAGAAAACAAAAGGGAAGGAGUCUGUGAUUUUUUGCUGCGUUCAGGCAUCUGACUCCUAAUAUGUUACAGACUAUAUUCGCUAGUCAAGAAUGUUAGUGAGUAUAUAAAUCAGCGUUUGUAAAAAUAAUGAAGUAUUACUGCAUUAUACAUUUGUUUAUAAAUACAUGGAUUGUAUUUGUGGAA